AUGUCUGACAAUAAAUCUAUCCAAGCUUCUGCUGAUACCGCAUCUAGCUGCAAAGAUCAAUGGAAACCUCAACUUCGACUGGACGACGGCAGUGUCGUGGACUUGCAUAAUAUUGACGAAGGCUUGCUGUCAGCUUUGCAAUCUCGCAAGAAGGAUGGACCAAUCACCAUGAAAGAGCUCGUCACCCUAUCCAUGAGCAUGGGUGAUCCGACAUGCCUGGACUGUGGGGAGGAGCUGACAUCAGAUGGUAUCGUUGUGGUCACGAUCCCCAAGGGAACUUCACAAGAUGGUCAAUCCAGAUAG